AUGCUGAGUGGUGUCCUCUUUCUGAGCGUCCUCACGGUCACCAGCCUGUCGCCAUCCGAGACGGAGAGUCGCAAAACUUCGGUCUCCAAAGACAUCUGCAAGGUCCACUGCGCCUGUGAGGAGAGGGAGAACGUUUUGAAUAUUAACUGUGAGAAUAAAGGAUUUACCACUGUCAGCCAGUUCCAGGCACCCCCGAAUAAGAUCUCACAGCUUUUUCUAAAUGGGAACCUCCUGUCUCGUAUUAGUGCAAAUGAAUUUGUCAAUUAUGGCAAUGUUACCUCUCUGCAUCUAGGAAAUAAUGGAUUACAAGAGAUAAAAAACAACGCUUUUCAGGGCCUGCGUAUCUUGAAGCGGUUGCACUUGAACAACAACAAUCUGGAGGGGAUAAAGGAGGACACAUUCACAGGACUUGAAAGUAUGGAGUAUUUACAGGCAGAUUAUAAUUAUAUCAGUACUAUUGAAUCGGGCGCUUUUAGUAAACUGAACAAGCUUAAAGUGUUGAUACUCAAUGACAACCUCCUGUUGUCUUUGCCUCCCAAUAUUUUCCGCUUUGUGCUCCUUACCCAUUUGGAUUUACGUGGCAACAGGCUUAAGACUUUGCCCUUUGCAGGGGUAUUGGAGCACAUUGGUGGAAUCAUGGAGAUCCAGCUAGAAGAAAAUCCAUGGAAUUGUACUUGUGAUUUGAUUCCUUUAAAAUCCUGGUUGGACACUAUUUCUGUCUUUGUGGGGGACAUAGUAUGUGAGACACCAUUCAGGCUGCAUGGUAAAGACAUCACUCAGCUCAUAAAGCAAGAUCUGUGCCCGCGCAGAAAUGCUGGUGAGCGUGCUCAACCUGCCUCUGACUCUCACUUUCAUGGGGCGCUGCCUGCAACCCACCUCCCAGGCAUGAUCUCCCCCACCCGCAUCCCUAAAGCUUCACGACCACCUAAAAUGCGAUACAGACCCACUCCUCGCAUAACAAAGGACAAACACGUCUUUGGGCCUAUCAUGGUUUAUCAGACACGCUCCCCUGUGCCUAUUUUGUGUCCUAGCGUGUGUGUGUGCACAUCACAAAACCCAGACAGUGGACUAAACAUCAAUUGUCAAGAGAGGAAGUUGCAUAAUAUAAGUGAGUUAAGCCCCAAGCCUUCCUACCCAAAGAAAAUGUACCUGACCGGUAACUACCUUCAAGUGAUCUACAGAUCUGAUCUAACGGAGUACAGUUUACUGGAACUGCUUCAUUUGGGAAAUAACAGGAUUGCAGUGAUUUACAAAGGUGCAUUUGAAAAUCUGACAAAUCUUAGGCGUCUCUAUCUGAAUGGGAAUUACAUUGAGUCACUUUCACAAUCACUUUUUGCUGGCCUACAAUCACUCCAGUAUCUCUAUUUGGAAUAUAAUGUCAUUAAAGAUAUUUUGCCACAGACAUUUAACGCAUUACAUAACCUUCAGCUGCUUUUCCUCAACAAUAAUCUGCUAAAAUCACUCCCUGACAAUGUUUUUGGGGGCACCAUGCUAACAAGGCUCAAUUUACGGAAUAAUCAUUUCUCAUAUCUCCCAGUUAAGGGUGUACUAGACCAGUUAUCUGCAUUUAUCCAGAUUGACCUACAGGAGAACCCCUGGGACUGCACCUGUCAUAUUGUGGCACUCAAAAACUGGAUGGAGCUGUCCAGUACCAGUGUAGUGGUUAAUGAAAUCACUUGUGACUCACCCUCCAAGCAUGCAGGUCGCCUACUGCGUUCACUGCGCAAUGAGGCCAUCUGUCCCGAGCCAAUCAAGGAGCCCCCGCCUCAAAAUGCCCCCCCCACCAAAGCCCCUACAUUAGUGAGUUCUAGCUCUGAUUCACCAACACCGUCUUCUUCCUCUUCUUUCAGCUCAGUCAGCCCCACUGAAUCCCGACUCCAAACCCCUGAGCUACAUCCAGAAGUUCCACUUUCAGUUCUAAUUCUAGGGCUUCUUAUUGUUUUCAUUCUGUCUGUUUGCUUUGGAGCAGGGCUCUUUGUUUUUAUUCUAAAACGACGUAAAGGUAUGGAACAUGUCCCAACGGGCUCUAACAAUAUAGAUCUUAACUCGUUCCAAGUGCAGUAUGGCUCCUAUAAUCCUGAACCAACCCAAGAUAGAAAUUCUGAAAAGCAUGUAUAUAAUUACAUCCCCCCACCUGUGGGUACCAUGUGCCAAAACCCAAUUUACAUUCAGAAAGAUGGUGAGCAGGUGGCAUAUUACCAAAAUCUAAAGGAGCUAAGCUUUGGGCCACUCAAUGCAAAGAAGGAUGAUAUUUUCACACGUAGCCCAGGAGCUUAUACCAUCAGUGCAGUGGAUUUUAUGGAUAAAUUGCCAACAUCAUUCCCCGAGAUGUUUUAUCAAAAUAUCGGGGAGAGGCCCAACAAGGAGCUUCCCACAGCUGCUGGCACCUCUCCUUUCAGUUAUAAUUUCUGCACUUUACCCAAAAGACCUUGCAUCGUGCCGCCUUACGAGGCUGCCACAGCCCCGCGACAUGUCACCAACCAGGACAGGUCGAACAAAACUGUGUUGUACGGAACCCCCAGGAAAUGCUUUGGGGUGGAGCUCCCUUCCAAAAACAGUGAGCACCAAUUUCUUCUUCACGGGAAGCUAAAAACUGAACCAGACUAUCUGGAAGUUCUGGAGAAACAGACUGCUAUGAGCCAGCUAUAAGAUGAUGAUGAUCUAUUAUCGUCCCA